AUACACCCCCCACUACUACAAUGCCCACUACAGAGUCGGUCUCCCUCUCUCCCUCUCUCUCUCUCCAACUUUCUCUUUCUGCUAUAAACGACGACACACUCCACGCUGGCAAGAUUCCCCCUCUGUCCUCACCUCCACCCUUUUCCUCUCCCUUAUCUCUCUCCGCCUCUGCUAACCUUAACAGAAGUUUUCCCGAGAAACAAACGGACCUACAACAAUCUCCAUCUCUAUCUUUAUCUCUAUCCUAUCUCCGUCCCCAUCCCACCUUCUCCUUCAUCUCCUUCUCCUUCUUCUUCUUCUAACAUCCCGGCGCUUCUCACCUACCGCAGUAAUUAAAUAUAAUAUAAUCAAAUCCCUACUUUCCUAAUUGUUUAAUAUUUUUGCUUGAUUUAAACCAGUGUUCUUACAUGGGUUGUGCCACUUCCAAGCUUGACGAUCUUCCGGCGGUGGCGCUCUGCCGGGACCGCUGUGCUUUUCUUGAUCAAGCUAUUAUCCAGCGCUAUGCUCUUGCUGAAGCUCACAAUGCCUAUACUCACUCCUUGAGAAUGAUUGGUGGUUCUUUGCAUCAUUUUAUUGAACAGGAUUGUUCUGGCUCUGGUUUUGUUCCUUUAUCUCCUGAGCUCAAUUUGCCUCCUCAGAGAAAAGGCGAUCCGAAGAGUCUCAGUGAUGAAGGUACUAGUUCACCGAAGAAGGCUAACCUAGCUCACCACUCACACUCCAACUCUGGUUCCCACCUUCACUUUCACUCUGAUUCUGAUGACGACGACGAUGAUAUCUCGCAUCUCCAUCAUUCUGAUCAUUCCUCGCCUUUGCACGGUGUCGGCGGCGGCGGCCAUAUGGAGUAUAUGCCUUCGGAGUAUAUGGGUACUGAGCAGGAUUCAUAUCCCGGAGGUGGGUUUCUACACAUGAAUUAUAUGAAGAAUAAAGCGACUACGCCGUCUGUGGUGUAUGAACAGAGGCCUAUGACUUCAGAGACUGUCCAUUUCGGUGAAUCCUCCUCAUCUUCUUCCUAUUUUUAUCCCAAUAAUUCGUAUCCAAUGAAUUAUUUUGGAUACCCGAAUUAUGGUGCUGGUGGCGGUGCAAUGACUAGCUAUUACGGGUCUUCCAUUCCUUAUGGAUCUUCAUCUACACCGGCACCGGCGGCUUCUUCGUCAAAGACACCACCGCCACCUCCUCCACCUGCGUCAGAUUGGGAUUUUUUGAAUGUGUUUGAGAGCCAUGAUAACUAUUAUCCUCCUUACACCCCGAGUAGGAACUCGAAGGAUUUGCGGGAAGAGGAGGGAAUUCCUGAUUUGGAAGAUGAGGAUUACCAACAAGAGGUCGUGAAGGAGGUUCACGGACACGAGAAGUAUGUUGAUGAUGGUGGAGGUGGUGCUAAGGCCAACAAUUAUUCGAAAUCAGUGGUGAUGGACGAUGGAGAUGCGAAGGUUGGUGGUAAUAGUGAGGCCUCCCUUUAUCAAACGAGAGCAAGUGUGUCACUGGAUAAUGAAGGACUGGAGUAUGAGGUGCAUGUGGUGGAGAAGAAAGUAGUUGAUGAUGAGAGGUCAGAGGAGCAAAAAAAUGCUGGAUUUAGGCGAGGAGGGGGUUUUCGAGAUGUGUCUCAAGUGGCUUUUGAAAUCAAGAUACUAUUUGAGCGAGCUUCUGAUUCUGGGAAAGAAAUUGCCCAGAUGCUUGAAGUGGGUAGGCUUCCUUAUCAGCGUAAACAUGCAGUCUCUAAGAUGCUGCAUGUGGUCACUCCUUCACUAUCUGUAGUAUCUUCACAGCCAUCUACUUCCAAAAGUGCCGAGGCCUCAUCUUCCACUGACAAGGCUGAUCCAGCGUACUUGGAGAUAGAUGAAGAUUUGAAGAUGAGAUCUAAUAAUCUUUCUGCCACCUUGCAGAAGUUGCAUCUUUGGGAGAAGAAACUCUAUAAUGAAGUUAAGGCUGAGGAGAAAAUGCGGGUAGCACAUGAGAGGAAGUGCCGAAAACUGAAGCAUCUGGAUGAGAGGGGUGCAGAAGUUCAUAAAGUUGAUGCAACUCGGACAUUAAUUAGGAAUCUCUCCACCAAGAUAAAGAUUGCAAUUCAGGUUGUAGACAAGAUAUCUGUUACAAUAAACAAUAUUAGGGAUGAAGAGCUAUGGCCACAGCUAAAUAAAUUAAUUCAGGGAUUAUCCAGGAUGUGGAAAAGUAUGCUUGAGUGCCAUCAGAAUCAAUGCCAAGCAAUCAAAGAAGCCAAAGGUUUUGGUUCUAUUGGAUCAGGUAAAAAGCUUGGUGAUGAUCACCUUAAAGCCACAUUGCAGCUUGAGCAUGACCUUCUUAAUUGGACUUCCAGCUUCUCAAGUUGGAUAGGUGCCCAGAAGGGUUAUGUGAGAGCCUUGAAUAGCUGGCUUGGUAAAUGUCUCUUGUAUGAACCAGAAGAAACACCAGAUGGAAUAGCUCCCUUCUCACCUGGUAGGAUGGGUGCACCUCCAGUGUUUGUAAUCUGCAAUCAAUGGGCACAAGCUAUGGAUACAAUAUCUGAAAAGGAAGUAAUAGAUGCCAUGCGCAUUUUUGCUUCAAGUGUGCUUAAGCUUUGGGAACAGGAUAAAUUAGAAAUGCGUCAGAGAAUGAUGAUGAAUAAGGAUUUGGAGAGGAAAGUUAGAAAUUUAGAUAGAGAGGAUCAAAAGAUACACAAGGAGCUUCAAGCAUUAGACAAGAAAAUUGUUCUUUUUGCAGGAGACAAUUAUAGUAUGUCUGUGACAGGAAAUAUUGUAUAUCAAAGUGAUACUAGCAAUAGCAGUUUAUGGGGAAGCCUGCAGCGCAUUUUUGAGGCUAUGGAGAAAUUCAUGGCUGAUUCAACGAAAGCUUAUGAGGAACUAAUUCAGCGUAGUGAAGAAGAGAGGCUUUCUCGAGAGCAUGAGAGAGUUUCAUAGGGCUGUGUGUUGCAAUUGAAAUACAUUAUUUUCUGUCAACUGAUGAACUAUCAUGUGCAGCUUAUAGUCCCAAGAGAAAUGUAUGAAGUGCAGGAUCUGCCAGAAUCUAUGAUGUGGAAUUAGACUGUCUCGGUAUCCCUUCUUUGGUCUUGUGGCAGACCAUUACCAGUUUGAAGUCUUCAACUGAGGGCGUAGACUUUGUCAUGUGGUAGAUGGUGAUGGAUCUUGAUCUUGGCUUAGUGGCAAGCCAUACCACUUGCUAAAAUUUUGUUGGCAGAUUGAAUUGCGAGGGUGAUGAGAUGAUUUCAUAUCUUCCCCACCAGCUGUGGCUAUAAUCAUAUUGAUCCAACAAAUAUGGUUGUAUGAUAUUCAAUUGAUAAAAAGGGGGCAAUGGGAAGAUGCCUAUUCAAAUGGCUGGUGCUUUAUCUUCUGCAAAACGGAUGCUGGCUAACUCAUAGGAUUGCGUUCAGGUAUAAUGUUGUUGACAAUGGGGUGGCUUCUUAAUGCCGUGUGGGUCAUUGAUAUGCUAUUGAGCACCAGGCUUAAUGGAAGUCAGAUAUAACUCCAACAAAUCCAAGUAGAUGAGAUAUUUCCUCACAGUUUUGAUGAGGAUGUGUGCAGUUGUAGGUGGAAGGGCUGUUCAGAAUGACGCAAGUCAGAGAAAUGCCCAGAUAGUUGAUGUUCCUUUUAAUUUUUCCAAAAUAUUUAUUUAUAUUAAUUGUUGUACAGGCCUUUUCACUGAAAAGACUUGACAAUAAAUAGUGUUGCUGAAAAUUUGCAGAAGGUAUUGAUGGUGUAGAUUCAGGCUGUUGAAGCUGUAGAGUUCCACAAUGUUCAUAAAAGCUGAAACAUUCUCCUUAUGGCUUUUGCCAUUGCAGAUCCUAUUUUUGUAACCAUAACACUGUUCUGAGGCUUCCCAGUGUUUUAUAGCAUGCUAUGCAAGUACAUCUACGGUGGUACUUUGUUUCCAAA